AUGGACGAUCCAAAUGCGGACACUGAGUGGAAUGACAUUUUACGUGCAAAAGGAAUUCUACCCCCAAAGGAGGGACCAACUGAGGAAGAAAUUUUUGAAGAAUUAGAUCAAAUGAUUAGAGAAAAGCAAGACAAACACCUCGAAGAUAAAACAUUAGAUGAAUUAGACGAGUUAGAGGACGAGGAGGACGAAAGGAUUUUAUUGGAAUACAGUUUGGCUAGGCAGAAAAGAAUUGCUGAAAUGAAAGCUGAAGCAUCGCUCGAGAAGUUUGGUCAUGUUACGCAAAUAAUGAAGCCCGAUUUUAUAAGAGAAGUCACCGAAGCGAGCAAAGAAGUUUGGGUAGUGGUACAUUUGUUUAAAGAUUAUAUUCCGGAAUGUAAACUCGUGAAUAUGCACCUAGCAACCCUUGCUGAAAAACACAAAGUAACCAAAUUCUUAAAAAUUAUUGGCGAUCAAUGUAUACCAAACUAUCCUGAUAGAAACUUGCCAACCUUACUUAUUUACGGCGAAGGGGAUAUGAGGCAUCAAUUAACUGGAUUGUCUCAGUUGGGUGGAAUGAAUAUGACACUUGAAAAUCUCGAAAACUAUCUAAUAUCUACUGGAGCUAUUGGGGAGAAUAGAAAAGUUGUUGAAAAGUCAACAGCAAGAAAAAUCAUACAAAAUCCUGCAACUGCUGCACUAAGUGACGAUGAAUAUUCAGAUGAAGAAUGA